AUGAAUUCAUUAUUAGCAGCAACAAUAUCUACAGGUGUUUGUUGUCUUUUAUGGCUAAAAAUAUGUCAAAUAUCAGCACAUAAAAAGAUAUUGACAUCUCCUCAAACAAGAAAACUUAUACAUAUUGGUACAGGAUUUAUAUUUAUUUUUACAUGGGGAUUGUUUCCAGUUCAUAAUGCAAUGUCUAGAUUCUGCGCAGCUCUGAUCCCUGGCAUCGUCACACUUCAAUUCUCAUUGAUUGGCUUUGGUGUUAUGAAAGAUCAACAAACCGUCAAUUCAAUGUCUAGAACAGGUGAUCCAAGAGAACUUCUGCUUGGUCCUGCAAGCUACGGAGUCAUCUUUGUAGUAACUAGUAUUGUCUACUGGAUGCAUUCACCCAUCGGUAUAACUGCACUAUCAAUGUUAUUUGUUGGUGAUGGUUUUGCAGGUUUAAUUGGUCAAGAAAUUAAAACUUCAAGGUUACCACAUAAUAAAUCUAAAACAGUUGGUGGAACAUUGGCAUUCAUAGUUUCUUCGAUUUAUAUGCCAUCACUCUUUGUUGUAACUAUUAUAUGCGCAGCCGUCGAAUCUAUUCCACUAGAGGAUUGGGAUAAUAUCACUGUAUUCCUAACAUGUGUUGGUUCCUUAAUGUUAAUGGGAUGGACAUAA